UGUGGUGAGUCUGAUGUUCUUAUGGUGUGGUGAUGUACUUCAACAUCAGUCGGAAGAAGGGUCUCGACCCGAAAUGUCACCCAUUCCUUCUCUCCAGCGAUGCUGCCUGUCCCGCUGAGUUACUCCAGCAUUUUGUGUUCAUCUUCAGGUUAAACCAGCACCUGCAGUUCCUUCCUACACGUUGUGGAGCCUGAGAGACCCCCAGCCCCGGCCAGGGGGGCAACAACAUGAGGCUACAACUGAUCCACCAGAAGGUGAAGGCAUCAUCUCCGUCCCUGGAUGGCAGUGUCAUCUGCACCUCGCCGAGCCCUGGACUGCACAAGAUCUACCGGGAAGCGGUGCUGGUGCUGGGAGUCAUCCUCGUCCUUGUCCUCCUGAUGCUGAUCCAACUCCUGCUCUUCCCACUCAACCAGCAAUUCAACAAGACCGCUCGGACCGAGAGUGGGCCAGCACCAUUGGUGGAGCAACUGAGGAGGACCUGCACCGACCCCUGCAGUGUCGUCCUCGUUGAGAGUAUUCCAGAGGGGAUGCAAUUUGGGACCAAUUUCACCAGCAACCCGUCCAUCUACGAUGGCUGGAUGGGGCUGUUGAGUGAGGCGGGGAGCAGUCUGGACAUUGCUUCCUUUUACUGGACCAUGGCCAACAUCGACACCAGGACCAAGGAGCCCACGGCCGCUCAGGGUGAAGCCGUCUUGAAGGAAAUGCAGAGGGUUUCGGGAAAACUCGAGGUGAGAGUCGCAGUCAGUAAACCCUCCAAGCACCAGACGUUGGCUGACCUGGAAUUACUGCAGCAGAGCGGAGCCAAGGUGAGAGUGGUGGACAUGCCCAGACUGACCAGUGGCGUGCUACACACCAAGUUCUGGAUCGUGGAUAAGAAGCACUUGUUCAUCGGGAGCGCAAACAUGGAUUGGCGAUCGCUGACGCAGGUGAAGGAGCUGGGAGUUGUGGUCUACAACUGCAGCUGCCUGGCUGAGGACCUGGGCAAGAUUUUCGAGGCCUACUGGAGUAUCGGUGGGACUAACGGCAGCAUCCCCGACCCCUGGCCCAGCAACUACUCCACCCCGUACAACAAGGACAACCCCAUGCAGCUGAAGUUGAACAACACCCCGGCCAGUGUCUACUUCUCAAGCUCCCCUCCUCCUCUGUGUCCAGCGGGCCGGACCGAUGACCUCACGUCCAUCCUCAGCAUUAUCGAUGACGCAGAUGAUUUUGUGUACGUGGCCGUCAUGAGUUAUAUUCCCGUUCUCAUGUUCACGUAUCCCAGAAGGUUCUGGCCGACCAUCGACAACCACCUGCGGAAGGCGGCGUUCGAGCGGAAGGUGCACGUGCGCCUCCUCAUCAGCUGCUGGCAACACACGGACCCCUCGAUCUUCCCGUUCCUCCAGUCCCUGACCGCACUGAGCCGCAACGGGAAAGGGCUGCACGUGGAAGUGAAAAUCUUUGUUGUCCCGGCAACCCAGGAGCAAAGCAAGAUCCCGUACGCUCGAGUUAACCACAACAAGUACAUGGUGACGGACAAGGUGGCCUACAUUGGGACAUCCAACUGGUCGGGCGACUACUUUGUAGACACGGCGGGGGUGGGGCUGGUAGUGAACCAGACGUCUACAAGGCGGGGGCUGCCAGAGCCCACCGUGCAGCAGCGACUACUGGAGGUGUUCAAGCGAGACUGGGACUCGCCGUACAGCAAGCUCAUGGAGCCCGGGCUGAAGCGUCACGAUGUCUGUAGAUCCUUCUAAACCACCUCCACGGUGAAAGCCAAAGGACCAGCUCGGGACGGAGCCCUGGGACUCGAACUGGUGGAUGUCCAUUAGAACGUGCAGGGUGCAAUCACCAGCCUCCGUCGGGAAUUCCCCUGAUCAUCAUCGUGGCUUUGGCAGACUGUCCGGCAAAUUCCCGGGUCCGUUUUUGCCUUGUUGUGGGCAGGGAAUGAUUUGAGGAAACUUCGGAAAAUUCAACGCAUUUUCUCCUGGACAAAGACGGAGAGAUGGUGGCUCACCGCUUGCUUGUCACUCCCCCUUAUCCAUCCACGUUCCUCUGUUACCCCCCCCCCCCGUGCCCAGGUACAGCAUUGCAGUGUUUGGAAAGACACACAUAGUUGGAGUAACUCAGCGGGUCAGUCAGCGUCUCUGGAGAAUGCUUCAGGCCAAAACCCUACUUCGGGAACUGCAUCUUAUCCCAUGUUCUCCAGAGAUGCUGCCUGACCCGCCGAGUUACUCCAGCACUUUGUGUGUGUGUGUGUGUGUCUCUCUCUCCUUGGUAAACCAGCAUCCGCAGUUAGAGACAAAAUGCUUGAGUAACUCAGCGGGUCAGGCAGCAUCACUGGAGAAAAAUAACGGGUGACGUUUCAGGUCGGGACCCUUCUUCAGACUGGAAGUAGAGAGGGGGGGGUGGAAGGAAAAACUGUUUCCUCCCCUCUAUUUUCAGUCUGAACAAGUGUCUCGACCCGAAACGCCACCCAUUCUUUUUUCUCCAGAGAUGCUGCCUGACCCGCUGAGUUACUCCAGCAUUAUGUGUCUACCUUCGGUAUAAACCAGCAUCUUCAGUUCCUAUCUACAUGGCGUCUGCAAUUUCCUUGCUCUUACAUGGUACUGUAGUGGUUGGGGCAGUCAACAGCAGUCUCCCAUCUCAGGUACAGGAGUCACACUUAGAUCAGAUUCAGAUUCAGAUUCAAUUUUAAUUGUCAUUGUCAGUGUACAGUACAGAGACAACGAAAUGCAUUUAGCAUCUCCCUGGAAGAGCGACAUAGCACAUGAUUUGAAUAAAUAAUAAUAAGUGUCCGGGGGGGGGGGUGAUUGGCAGUCACCGAGGUACGUUGUUGAGUAGAGUGACAGCCGCCGGAAAGAAGCUGUUCCUCGACCUGCUGGUUCGGCAACGGAGAGACCUGUAGCGCCUCCCGGAUGGUAGGAGGGUAAACAGUCCAUGGUUGGGGUGAGAGCAGUCCUUGGCGAUGCUGAGCGCCCUCCGCAGACAGCGCUUGCUUUGGACAGACUCAAUGGAGGGGAGCGAGGAACCGGUGAUGCGUUGGGCAAUUUUCACCACCCUCUGCAAUGCCUUCCGGUCGGAGACAGAGCAGUUGCCAUACCAUACUUUGAUGCAGUUGGUAAGGAUGCUCUCGAUGGUGCAGCGGUAGAAGUUCACCAGGAUCUGAGGAGACAGAUGGACCUUCUUCAGUCUCCUGUUUUUAAAGUGUAAAUUCCAGGUGACUACUCUGAAGUGUAGAGUAUAGGGCGCUAUACAGCAGAGAAACAGGCCCUUCGGCCCAUCUAGGCCAUGCCGACCAAGUCGCCAUAUCGGGAUAGUCCCAUUUUCCUGCAUUCGUCCCUCCAAACCCUUCCUAUCCAUAUAUAUGUCCAAAUAUCUUCAA